AUGUCAGAGCGCCCCCCGGUCUCUCCAAAAGCCCCUCGAGAGGAGGCAGAGGCCCUGGCCUCUGAUGAAUCCACAAGGUUGUUUGUGACGGAUGAAACGACGCAACAUAGUACCUUAUCCAAGGGAAUGUCUCGGGGAUCCAAUUUCAACCAGUCCCUUGACGCUCAUACAUGCAGUUACUGGAAGGCCGUGAAUCGGUACGAUUGUGACAUGGAGAAGGCCCCUCAAGAAGAACUUUCAAAUGUUGGAGAUUGUAAUGACACAACAGAAGAGAUCGCCAAAAAUAGAACAUAG